AUGGCCAUUGGGAGUAUACAGUGGAGCGGUUUACCAGGGAAGAGCCGUGCCUCACGCGGGGGGGAGUCGGAUCCAGUGUACAACGAGUACACCGCCGCGCUUGGAGACGAGAUGAAGGGGAUGGCCGAUGAGUUCAAGGCGUUGGGGCUGUCUACCAACAACGUGCAGGUCCACACGGCGGUGGCCAUUCCGCGCACAAGGGGCGGGGAGCUAGUGGCAAAAGGGACAUUUGUGAAGGCGUCUCCCCGAGAGAGGUGGUAUUCGGACGUGGCACUGCUGAACAACAAGAAGGGGGACUGGUUUGCAAGAUGUCUGUGCAUCUUCAGGGCGGUUGACCGUGAUGGGGAGUGGAAGGGGUACGCAUACGUGCGGUACUAUGAGGGGGCGGGAAGAUGCAAGCUUACGGGGUGCAAGCAGCUGCACAAGAAAGUGGAGAAGGUGUUCACGGAGUUCGUGGAGACUGUCAAUGGUGUGCACUUCAGCCGUGAUCGCAACACCCUCAUCCUAACCAUUCACGAGGCGCAUCGCAUCACAGGCGAGGUCGCGCGACCCGUCACGGAGCACGGCUUUAGGGGCCUUCCGCACCUCCAGGGAGUGGAGGAUGCGCUGAAGGGCCAUUACCGCGUUAUGCUCAUGAAGCGUGCGAUAGCGGCGAAGCGGUUCCAGUUCGACUAUUCGGCAUCCAUCACUGACGUGGAUUAUGGCCUCAUGCUCGAGUGGCUGGGAGAAGCGUGGACUCGCGUGCGCGCAGCAACCAUGCAGAGGAGCUGGUGGCGCGCCGGAUGCGUGCCCCCGAGCUGGCCGCCACUGAUGGCGUACCUGAGUGACACGAGCGCGACGGGCAUGUUUGAGCCCCUUAUUGCGAUAUGCGUCGAGCUGCAGUUGCUCAUCGAGAAGUUCAAGAUGAGGCCUGCGUGCUAUAUGACGGCGGCCGAGUUCGUCAACUGCGACGCGGGACUCUGCGUGGAGCAGGGGUUCAGGGCCACACCUGCGGCCAGCGCAUCGGAUGACUCGUCGGGCGAGAUGAGUCUGCCAGACGGCCCACUGCUGCGUGACGAGCGCAGCAGGCGGCGCGUGAUUCGCAACGUAACAAAUGCGUACGUGGAGCGUGCCGACGCGCUCGGCAUUCCCCCGGCCCUCGUGCCAGCAGAGGUCGGAGCAUCUAACCAGGAGGUGAUUUCCCGCCUCGGCAGGACGCCAGUCAAGCGUGCGCGCGCGGGGAUGCGCACUGAGGACGUGCCAGACCCAGCGGUGUGCGAGACUGAGGACGGCGAGUGA